UCCUCGAUAUCCUAAAUUUCCUAGUUCUAUUUCAAAGCAACCCUCACUUGUGUGGUUCUGUUAAGUUGGUAAGUGGUCAUAAUUUAUUGCAUCUCAAUGAAAAUCUCAGGUGUUAAAUACUACAGUUUUGUAGUAGCCGGAUGAUUUAAAGUUUGUUGCAUAGGGGCGAAUGCUUUUCCUAUCUCAUUUGUCCCCAUUUUGAAGAUUUUGUUUUUAGAUCUUUAUUUUUAAAUGGUAAAUUAGUUCUUUUUUUAAAUAAAUGUUUUGGUUGUAAAAAAAGGAUGAGUGAAAAAAUUGAGCUAAACUUGUUUGCCUUGUAUUGACAUAGUGUGAAGAUUUUGGAUGAUUUGUUGGACUUUGGUGAGAUAGGACCGGGUAAUUUGCUGGUGGUUUUUUUAGCUAUAUUUUCUAUAAGCAAGUGUAUCUAGCUGGAUUUUUCGAGUUUCAAUUGGCCAUGGAAUGCAACAAAGAGGAGGCUUUCAGAGCAAAGGAACUUGUAGAAAAGAAAAUGCAAAACGAGGAUUAUGUAGCUGCACGACAGAUUGUAUUAAAAGGCGUGACAGAUUUCAUUGCCCAUGAGUUGUUUACGCCAUCUGGAUCCACCUGGAAUCAUUUCAUGAACGAGAAAAGAGUUCCAAAUCAGGGUUCCUCUAAAGCCUUCCCGCAGAAUUAUGCUGGAAAGCCUUCUGGUAUGAGUUUUCCAUAUAGGUUUUCAGAAUCAGAUCCAAUGCCUAAUGUAGGAAAGGCAGCUAAUGUUGGUGGGAAUAAACCCAAAGAAGUGAAGGUAGAAAAUGCUACUGGAAAUGGUAGGGGUACUAUACCAUAUGAGAAAGUUAAUGGCCAUAUGGAUGUGAAAGCUGAGAAUGGAGGUGAUCUUUCUGCUCAGAAUUUUGGACCCAGUAUAGGCCGUCAAUCUAGGAGAUCUUUGAGGCAUUUGCAACACAUUUCUUACAAGGAGAAUUAUAACGAUGAUGAUGAUUUUUUUGUCCCCACUUCGAAAAGAUCAAGGGGGAACAGCUCAUCUAAUGUGAAUGAUGUGCAGGCGAAAGCAGCAACUGCGGAUGGCAGGGUUCCAAACAAAGAUGUUUCAGCUGGUUCUGUUGCUUCUAUUUUGAAUAGAAACAGUAAAGAGGUCAAACACAAAGCCAGCUCCGAUUUUGAAGAAAUACCAUCAAACAAUAAUAGAGGAAGUGGAGCUGAAGUAGAUGAAGCAUCCAUGCCUGAGAGGUCAGGUACCAAGUUAGAGAAUGAUGAUGAAAGAUUGAAAACGGACACAUCUGACUUGGAUCUAAAACCAACAGUCUUUAUAUGUACUGAUCCAAAUUUCAGCAAUUUCGAUAAAGAAAGGGUUGAUGUCUCUUUUGCUGUUAAUCAAGUAUGGGCCAUUUAUGAUCAUGAUGGUAUGCCGAGAUUUUAUGCCCGGAUCCGAAAGAUAUUGAAACCUGGUUUCAAGCUGCGAAUCACUUGGCUAGAAUCAAUAGUAGAUAGCGAAGCUGAGCAACAGUGGUGUGAUGAGGGUUUGCCUGUUGGUUGUGGGAGCUAUGAAUAUGGAGAGACUGAAGAAACCGUAGAUCAUUUGAUGUUCUCUCAUAAAAUGGAUUGCAUGAGUGGUGGACUCAGAGGUAUUUUUUGUAUAUAUCCUAAGAAGGGGAAAACUUGGGCCCUCUUUAAGGAUUGGGAUGCAAAAUGGAGUUUGGAGCUAGAGAAACACAGACCCUCGUACCAAUUUGUGGAGGUCUUGACAGAUUUUACCAAGGACACUGGUAUUAGAGUUGCUUAUUUGGCCAAAGUGAAGGGAUUUGUUAGCAUCUUUCAGCAAGCUAACUGUGACGAGGGUUUAUCAUUUUUCAUACUUCCAAGGGAGCUGUACAGAUUUUCUCACCGGGUACCCUCAGUUAAAAUGUCUGGCAAGGAAGGAUUAGGUGUCCCUGAAGGUUCUUUUGAAUGUGACACUGCUUCUCUGCCUAGCAAUUUAGUUAGCACAGUUGAUGCUUAGGAUAUUUUUAAGAAUACCGGGGCUGCUCGUGAAAAAGGAACCUCCACACUUGAAAGCUCUCCAAGUGAAUCAAUUGGGAGAUGCAAGGAUGAUAAUCAAGGUGAUGCAAGCCAACUAGGAGACAGUAAUAAAGUCGCAAGCCAUGGCAAGCUAAUUCAAUCUUCAAUUAAUACUUAUUUUCAGGCCAGUGAAAAGAUUUUAACAGAUAAGAAACGGGAGGAAAAGGUAAAUCUAUAGCAGUUUCGUUGACUCCUAGAAGAUCUCCAAAGAGAUUUGAGCAAGAGAAUUGAUCAAGCAAAUAGAAGUCAGCACACAAUAGAAGACAUUA